GUCACUAGUAAAACAACUUGACUCGAGUUACACGCGCGCAUACGGUUAGCCAUUUUGGAACGAAUGGUUUGAAAAAAACAAAAAUCACAAACGUUUGCGGGUAGAAGACGUCGUCAAGAUGGCAACAACUAAUCUACCAGCGAUUCAACACCCGCUUUCGAGAAUGGAUGACCCGACAAGUUUAAACGUGAGAGGUUUAUCACGAGACGGCUCGCGUGCAGCUUCCCGGCAAAGUUUGACUUUCGGGCAAGAUAAAUUCAACGCUUUACGCCCCAUAACUGCAGAUCAAGUACCUUGGAGACUUACGCGAUCCUCGAACGGUUUUGGUGGGCAAAAUAGUCCAAGAAAUAAUGGUUUUGCGGCCAUGGGACAAAUUCCAGAAGGUGUCGAAGUCAAGCUAGCUGAAGACCCGAGCAAGCCAAGCAUACCGAUUUUCGGUGAGUGCGUUGACCUUCCUUUUAUCUUUUUUCUAGUUAAGUGGUUUAAUUUAUUGCUCUAGGAUAGAUGCAGCUCGAGUCUUCUUUUCCAGAUGGAUUUUAUCGGAUAACGGUAUUGUUGUUAGAAACGUAGAACCUAAUUACGUCUUCCAUCCUCACGCUAGCUAUUAACUAGAUCUAUUAACACUAAACUUGCUACUAUUUUCUCAUUAUUUUAUGUAUGUGAAAAUUUGCACUUCAAUAGCUUUUCGAUGACAUUUCACUCAUUUUUUUGAAAAGUAUCCUAUAUACUUAAUAAUCGGGGAUAUUUCUUUGUGUAUGCUUUAUCUAAACUGCCUAGAGACCGCGACAAGCCAUAUGUUUUAUGAUACACUGCAUUGAAAAGGCGAAUGACUAAAUAUAAAUUUUUAAUCUGAGGUUUCUACCGGAUGUUUCUUCCCAAAACAUCUGCUUCAAGCAGCUGUUAUUAGAGACAUUAGCAUUUAUAUCUUUUUGGCGAGCAAACUAAUGUAAACAAAAGCUAUUUUUCCAGACAAUGUUUGAUAUAGUUUGCAUAUAAAAUAAUAUAUUAUUUGUUUACUAAUAACAUUGUUCAAUAGUAAGUUAUUUGUUUUAACUUUUAUGUAUUUAUUUUUAGCUCGCAUUUGAUUAUAGUUACAUAGAUAUUUGCACAUUAUAUAUUUUACAGUCAAACCAGGUCAAGCGUUCCCGUCGCUAACAAACUAAUGAAUUCAUUAAUGGCAAAAUGAUUUCGUUUGUUGAUUCAAUAAUCCAUUCAUAAAAUGAAUAAUCCAACGGUCAAAUUGUACCUCGAUUCAAUAAUCAAAUGUUGAUUUGGUUUAUGAACAAAAUCUACCUGUUCUUUAUUCUUGUCUGUUGUGUUCAAUCGUAUUUGCUUCCCUUUUCCUGCCGUUUACGAUUGCGUUUUUCAUUGCCUUUAAUCAAAAUAACAGCUAGAAUAGACAGACCGCAAACGCAAAGAAACUGACAAAGGCCGAGGAUCAAAAUCCACCAAUCACCGCACAUACACUGACCUCAGUUUGACCAUCGUGUUUUCUAAGAGGUCAGGCCUAGGUCUGUUGCACUGAUUAUUGGCAGCAAACUGGCGUACAUGUAACAGUUUGUUUGGGUUUGAACUUCAGAACUCGCCAGCACUCAACUCUCAGAAAAAAAAGAGGAAAAAACAAAAUUCUGAGGUCAACUUGUGGAAAGUGUAAUUUUUCAAAAAACAGUAAUCGAAUCAACAUUCGAUUAUGGAAUCGAGGCUAAAUAUGACUAUUGGAUUGUUCAUUUUAUGAAUGGAUUAUUGAAUCAACAAACGAAAUCAUUUUUCCGUGAAUGAAUUCAUUAGUUCGUUAGCGACGGGAACGCUUGACCUGGUUUGACUGUAAAAUUAUUAUUAUUGUUAUUAUUAAUAAUAUUAUUAUUAUUACAGCUUUGUGUUGAAGUAAAUAGUUUAGGUUACCUCUAAAUUACUAUAAUGAUUGUAUAAUGUUUCCAAAUUUAUUAGUGAGCUUUAAUGCAACUGAAUCGCUGUUGUACAUUCUAGGGAGUCGUGCUGACAUGGCUAGCCGUGCAGAGAGCCGCCUGUCUCGACUAAACAGUGCUGCGUCAUCCUUGCAGGGGCCUGACAAAGCAACAGUUGAUGAGGUAUGUUGUCACUUCUGCCCAACUAUUGCAUUUCACAGGAAAUUUGACUUUCAUUAGUCAAAUCAAAGGGGAUGUACAAGGCUGUGCUCUAAGGAAAAUUGAUGGGAGCCCACUGCUCUGAAACAGUAAAAUCUAGGGUGCCCAGCAUAUGAGUUAUAUGAAAAAUCUGUGAUUUUCUAGUUGCCCGAGGGCAAAAGUUGGGCGCCAGGGGCCACCGGGCUCUGCUAGAGCACAGCCCUGAUGUAAAAAAACCCACACUAUUGUUUGAAAAGAGUAGGGAAAGUUUCCUUCGUGUGGUCUACAUUUCACAUGUCAUUCAUAUCGUGGGCUAUGAGUGGGUUACAGUGAGCUCAUAAAUGGACUGAUAGUGGCUGCCCUUGGCACCCUUGUAUGCUGAUGUCUGCGCGUACUGUUAACAUGUUGUAUGUAAUGUAAAGAGGGUGCAUCUUGUUGUCCUCUAAUGCACGACAUUCCAUUCCACAUAUUUCCAAGAAAAUAGUUAUGUUGACAAGGCAAUGAAUGUUAUGGUUCUAUAGAAAUCAAUUUAAUGAGGCAAGCCUGAGGGAGAACCCGUCUUUCUAAAGAAAUGACUAGCAGUAUAUUGAAAACAAAUUAACAUUUGAAAGGAAGAUUGUGAAUGAAAGAGGAAGGUGAUUGACCAUUAUUUUGCAAGUUGCCCAAAACCUCUUUCUCAAGAUGAGGCUGUGUGUGAAGCCUCUGAUAUGAAAAUAUUUUUUCUGUUAUAAUGCUAAUACAUUUCAUUAUGUAAAAGGUUUUAAACUUAGGGUCUGUUUAUAUGGAGUGGGGGACCCCAGUCUAGUGGGGUUGGUUUCUUUUGUUUUCACGCUCUGGGGGACACAAAACAAAAGAAACUUACCCCACUAGACCGGGGUCCCCCACUCCAUGUAAACAGGGUCUUAGUCUUGGAACUUAGUAAUGGUACAUUGUAAUGAAUUAAUUCUGCACAGGGUACCCAUACUGUUGAUAUCCUGUGUUUGCAUGACUAAUAUGGGCAUCCCACAUUGGUAUGUGCUCUGUGGCACAUUCUACUAGUUGUGAGACAACUGACAUGUCGUCUGACAAACGUUUGGCCAAAUUGUCAAUAUUGAUCCUGUAAGGCUACCAUAGACAUCAACAUAACCUGGAUGUAAUCAACCCUGGGAAAUGACAAAAUGUUAAAUGGGAUUCAAGUUUUUGACCCAAUCCAGCUUUUUUUCACAUUAUUUAGACUAGUAGCAUUGAUUUGGAUUAUAAACAACUUUAAGGGUGGGACAUAAACCAGGUAAAAAUCCUGUCAGCAGCAGACUGUGCUCAUUUUAGCAGGCAAGAUGUGGAUGUCAUUUGUUACUGAGUUAAUUUUUGGAGUCAGGAUGAAGCAAAUGAAAAAAAUACACUCUCAGAGAAUAAGGCUGUUAUGGAAGAAAAUGAAUAUUAGGAGCAUGGAUAAAACUGAUAUGAAACCAGAGGUCACUUUAAUUAAACUUUGACAUGUGACCAGCAUGGCUAUUGUUGUCAAACUCUAUAAAAAAUAGCUACACUUAAAAUUUACACUUGUACAAUAUACACUAAAAUUGACCCUUGUGGCUUCAUGGGCUAUUGACUCAGAGCCCAUUCAAGCUAGAGGAAUAACUGUUAAAUAUACUAGUAUAACGUUUUUUUUUUUCGCCUCAUUUAUAAACACAAGACUUCUUGAUGUACCCCUUGUACAAUUCUGUUCUUUAAAUUAAGCGACAUUAAGUACAUCCUCAAGCAACUCUAAAAUUUUCCAAGAAAAUUAAUGUCAUUGCACCCCAUUUUUGAUGUACUGUUUAAAACACAAGUAGGCGUGUAUUAUCAGCUUUAAAUACUCGAGGCAUAGCCGAAAGUUUAUAAACGUGAUUACUACUGCAAGUUUUUUGAAUGGCUUCAAAAUCUCUGAGAUAGGUCAACUCAUUCUUGCACUAAUAUUUAGAUUUGGGGUUAUUUUGAUCUAAAUAAUGGCAAAAAGGUUAACUGUGUCUUUAUCAGAUAUAAAGACACUCAUUAAAAAUUAAUUUCUUUUGUUUUUUUUGAAUUGUUAAUGAGUUUUUGAAGUUAUGAAUUAUUAUAGAUGAUUUGUGUUAUGUUGUUACAUACAAUUCCAUACCCUUAAUAAUCUUUAAUAUUUGUUUCUUUUUUAGAUUGAAUUUCUUUUACGUGAGAAGAUGAAAACUGCAUAUUAUAUGAUAAAGAACACAUUUAAAGAGUUUGACCCAGAAGGGAAAGGAGUUGUUGGCAGGUAUAUGGUCAUAUAUAGCUCUAAUAAAGUGAAUGAAUACUAUCCUGCAGAAUACAUCAGGGCACUGUUGAAACUUGUACUAUUGGAAAAAUAAAUAAAGAAGACUAAAAUUAAUAUACAUGCAUACAGGCAGUCCCUUCAUUAUUCCAAAUAAAUUAACAUUUUUAUGUUUUCCUGUUAAUCAAUAGGAUAAUUUUAGAUUGUAUCAUGCAGCUGAGAGACUCUUGGAUAUUUUUUUAUUCCAUUAUACAGCUUGGGGUUAUUUGUUUAUGACAUUCACAUUUAUUCCAGCUUCCUGGUUUACACAAUUUUGCUGUAUUACAAGGUGUGAAAAGAGUAAAAAAAGAUGUCCGUAAGGGGAAGUCCUUAAUUGCCUGUUAUUAUUUGUUUUGAAAAUACUACAACAUCUUAAAAGAAGUCCUUUGAAUGUCUGUUAGCUUCAAGCAACUGGAGAGUGGUUUAAAAACUGGAGAACAUGUUCUCUGAAUGGUUUUCUGGUGUAUAGAGUUACGUUCAUGCAUAUAUAUUAUUACUUCUUUUUCCCCCUCUAUCACACAGGGAAACGUUGGCAAGGAUUUUGCAAAAUUUUUUGUCAAGGUCUAUUAGUUUGAGUCAAUUUAACAAGUUAAUGGUUCGGUAAGUUAAAAAGAUCUAAACCUUAAUUAGUCUCAUCCUUUUAUUCCUUAUGAUAAAACGAUAAACUUUAGUUUUUAAGUCCCCUUGUGUCACGUGGAGCACCUCCAUCAUAUGCUCUGCAUUAAGACACAUGUUCAAUUUGCACACUCCAUGGUAAUGACAGGGGUAAUACAUGUAAUGUUUGAAGAUCACUUCCUGGAUGAUCACUUCAGCAUUGUCAGAUACAGAAUGUCUAAGGUUUGCUGAAGAAUUCGGGUUUUGUCUGACAUACUACAGAAUCUGUUUUUUAAAAAAUCAAAGAUUUAUUGCUAUAGUAAUAAAUAUGUGAAAUUCUUUCUUUCAGAUUAAAGCUUGACCAUAAGAAGAUGAUAUCAUAUGAUGAGUUUUAUGCCUCUUUUAGGCCUCCAAAGGUGAGAUAUAAAACAAUCCUUUAAUAAUAGAUUAUUAAAUUUGAGGAGUGGAGAUUAAAUUUAGAGGAUGGGCUGAAAUCUACUGUUGUUUUCACAAAUAUAGUUUAUUUUGUUACGUUUGUAGAGGUUUAAAUGAUACAGUCAUACCUCCAAUAAAUACCAAAAACAAAAACAGAAAUAGUGUGUAAAUGAGUGGCAGUCGCUCAUGGAGUUGUUCAAUUCCGAUGGGCUCUUAUCUAAUCUGUAUAUUUGGUCUAUGGAUAAAUAAAGUGAACUAAGUCUGGGGACUCAGGGCAAGGAGGCAAGGAGAAAAGAUGUUUGUAUUAGGUUUAAUACCACCAUUCAGUGUUUGGAAAACGUUGAGCAGCAGCCGGCCAUAUAGCCCCAGCCAAGUACAAAAUACCAUAGUUUAAACCUUUCGUAAGUGACCAUUUCCUGCAAGUGUCCUCUGGAACUUGGUAUUUUGGGUUGCUUACAGGAAACUUUACAGUAAUACCCCGGUAUAUGCUUAAAGCAGUGUCUUGGAUCGGCGGUUUGUCUGUUGUAUCAUUGCAGUAGAGGUUCCUUUUUGACAGCUGGCAGCAAAGCAAAGUUUGAUGAACUUUAACAACAUUUGAUGUUGAAUUCUUCUAUUCCUGUUUUUAGAAAGCUGAUGAAGGACCUGCUUGGCUGGAACUAGAGAAGCCAGAGUUAAAAUGUAUGUCAGCUGCCCAAGUUCAUGCACACCUGAAAGAAAAGGCCAAGCAGAGGUAGUUGGUUAUUUCUGAUACUGCAUACAUGUAGGACCAUGGAUUUCGUAAUCAUUAGCUACUCAUAAACCUGUGUGGCGAAGUCAAUAGCACUGUACUUUUUGUGAGAUGAACAAUUCCAAUUUGGGCCAAUCCAAAUUGACCCGUUCUCCUGGUGGUUUUGAUUUAAACGUUUAAUUUACCUUAAGCUAAAACCAAUCGGAAAUAUUAUAAAAAAUAUUAUAACAUACAUUGAUAACUUGUGAAUGAUUGUGUUCUGGAUACGAAAGGCAUUCCAGAGUCGAAAUUCCAAGCUACAGUUGUUUUUGUGCAUGACAUUUCCCUUAAGAAAGAUCCUCUUGUCAAGAAUAGGGUUUUCUGCGUGGAACAUCUCUCUUGACUUGUGCUGUUUGAGUUGUACUGCUAGUUAGGCUAGAAAAGUUAUUAAUAAGCUUGCUCUGGUUGUUGUGUUUGCUUGUUUUGUUGUUUUUGUUGUUUAGUGGGGCCUUGAAUUACUUAGAACUGUCUUGAGUUUACUGACCGACCUCACGGCAUGCAGGAAAUCUUUGCCCAUUCACGAAUUAAAGCCAAACGUAGAAUUCAUUAUUAAAACAUUUAAAGUUGAUUUGCUAUGAAAGGCCAUUUCUAAACAUAGUGGGAAAAACAAGGCAACCAAGAAAGAUAGAGCUGAAUGCAACGAGCACUAAAAUUUCGCAUGUUUCGGUUUUAGGUUUCUAGAUGUUGCAGAUCUGAUUCCGCAAAUGAAUCCAGGUGGUUCAGGAAGGAUUCUUAAACCGGAGCUUAGAAACGUUCUUAACAAGAUGGGGUUUUAUAUGGAGGACGAUGAAUUUGAAAAACUUUGGCUUAAAUACGACACCGAGAACUAUGGAACGAUCCGGGCUGAGAGACUCAUGAGCAAACUUGGUAUUGCCAUGCGAGACGGCAGCAGUAGAGAUGAGGCUAGCUCUCCCAAGAAACUUGAAGUUGAAAGAAAACAGUCGCUUGAUGUAGAAAGAUGGCUAAAGAGGAAAUUUCGCGAAGGAUUUUCGGAUAUGAAACACGCAUUCAUGGAGUUAGAUUUAGACCGGAUUGGUAAAGUUAGUCGAGAUGAAUUCAGGCGCGUUAUGGAAGAUUUUGGGCUGAGGCUGAGCACUGACAAACAGCUGGAUGAUUUUCUUGCCAGGUAAAUGCUAAUCAAAUUAUACACGCGACGGUUGUGUAAAAGCUGGAUAGCGCUGCAACGGAUAAAUCACAAUCCAGCGGAUAUGCAGUAAGGAAACCAAUUGCGUUAUCCACUGUAUAGAUAUAUAUUGAGUGGACAGUGUUAUCCAGCCAUUAGACGGCAAAACAGUCGGGUUUUUUCUCAGAAUCAGUUUAGCGUAGCGUAAUAGUAUCGCGCGCCUCGCGCGCGCGAGCCUCACACCCCCUCCGUUUUCAGCUUCGCUCCAGUCCUUUUGUUUGACUGUUCGAGCGUUCUUGAAUACCCAAAAAUACGGACUGUUUUGCAAUCUAGAACAACUGGGGUCAGAUGGAUGAAACCAAAGGGUUAGUUUCUAUGGGGACUGUGCUGUUGCGUCGGUAGGGGAGUGAAAUACAAGGAUUUUGUUUUACCAAUUUUGUUGAUAAGGUAGAUUGGUCACCGUAGGGGAUAGGAAAGCUGACUUUUCGAGCACUAGCCCUUCGCCCGAGCGAGUAGCCCAGAAUUAACAAACCUAAUUUCACGUACAAGCAAUGCAUCUAAUUUUUCGUCCCUUUGUGUUUGCGCAUGUGUCAGCGUUCGCUUUUGCUUGACGCACAACAAUCUUAUGGAUGGCAGUUACAAUCAAACCUGUAUUAACCGGCCACCCCUAGGGAAUGGUUUACUGACCGCUUAAUACAAGUUUACCGUUUAAUGCAUUUUUAACAAAUUAAAGAGUUAUUCAAGAAAAUGAAGAUGGUGAAGGACAAAAUAUCUAUCCCGCGACCAAACUGGCCUCAAACUGUUUCUACCUCUACUGGUACCAAAAGAAAAAGAAAAAACCGUACCACUAAACGCCACACACAGUAUAACUGCCGCAUUAGUAUGGUUGGGAAAGACAAUUAAAAAACAACUCAUUGGAACCUCGGAAAAGGUGACCGCGACCGCUCAAUAGAAGUGACCGCUUAAUACAGGCCAGUUUUAGAGUAAUAAAGGGAAACUAUUUUCGGGACUUUGGUAAGUGACCGCUUAUUAGAGGGUGACUGCUUAAUGCAGAUCCGCCUAAUACAAGUUUGACUGUAUACGUGAAAGGAUGUUUUCUCGUUCUCUCUUUAAGUAUGAUUUGAUGUUUUUUCUCACAGGUGCGGCAUUGAAGGAUCCAACGGCAAGAUUUCUUAUAAAGAGUUUCUCCGUCGAUUUCAGGACCGAAGCGAGCAAGGAAUGGCGCAUAAAAUUUUAGCCAAUCCACUACACAGGUAUUGUUGACUCUGUCCAAUUUUAAGUCUCUUUUAUUGGGGGCGAAGCAAGGGUCUACGAAAAUUUUCAGACCAUCCACUUCUUUCGUUUUAUCGUUUUUAAUCGAAAACUGUACAAAAUUCCCUUGAAACUGAAAUAAUACUUACCUUCCCUGUGGGAAAAGAAAACAGCUUUGUAUAUACUUAUACUUUGUUUCAUUUUCUAAGGUAUCACCAUAGUGACGCUGGAAGUAACUACUCGACCACUUCAGCGGUAGAGGCCAGAAUAAUGGACUUAUUUCAGAAAGACUUUCUGGCCCUUUUGGGUACAUUUCAGUAAGUAUUGUCUGUUUUUUGGUGGUGGUGUCAAUCAAACUUUUACGAUUUAUUGGGCUGGUAAUGAUCUACCCCCAGAAAUUAUUAUUCUGGUCCUGGUUGCUCAAACAUUGGAUAACGCUAUCUACUGGACAUGACUGGAUAAAUCACUAUCCAGCAGAUAUGAAUUAUAGGGAAGCUAUUUGCGUUAUAGAGAAUUAUCCGGUAGAUAGCGUUAUCCGCCUUUCGAACUUUCUCCGUUGGCUGCUUUUUUUUAGUCAAGUUUUCUCUUAUUGUGGUUCAAGACCGAUUUGUUCGGAAUCCACAGUCGUGCCAACUCAUAUAGUUCAUUUACAGUUAACCCAAGAAUGAAACGUACAGGGCCUCGAACAAGCUUUUAUCGUUUUUUAGGUAAUCGAGCGAAACGCAAGAGAUGCCCUAGCUUCAUUGAGGCGCCUCGCGGCUCGCCACUUGCGCGCGUUUAGCGCGACUCCAAUAACCCUUGAACUGCACAAAGGCUACGAACAACUCGGCCCAGGUUUUAGUUUUACUGUUAGUUGGCUGCAAAGUUUUAACUCUUUCAUUUUGUCCAAUGAUAAAUUUGGAGUGAUAUUAAUCCAAUAUAAUUAAUUGCCUUUAUUUGCAGCAACAUUGACCGAAAAGAUUCUGGUCUUCUCACGCAACAGCAGUUCCGCGCGGCUGUGGAAGGAAGGUUUGAAUUGAACAUGAGUGAUCAGGAAUUCGAGGCGUUUCUGAAGAAAGUUCCGAUUGAUAAUGACGGCAUGGUGAAAUACGUCGAGUUCAUGUCCAAGUUUGACACUUUGUGAGUAUUGGGUAUCCCUGUUGAUAGCUUUUUCUUAACUACCUGUCCCCGUAUCCAAAAAUUUGGGUAGUCUGCCUCUUACCCCGGAGAAACGGCUGGGCUACAGGCUUGAAAGAUGAUGCCAUUACCACUUUUAGGAGAAAAUAAACGCACUGAGAAUCAGUGUAUUAAGCUUGAAAGUACUAAUCUCGGACACAAUUUUCACGUGUCAUAUGAAAGGGGUGGCGAUGCUCGUCGUCUCGCUUACGGGUGUAAAUUUCGGAUUUUUGUCUCACUUAGGGUGUUCUGGGCAAAACGCCAUCAUAUUUAGCCGUGAAGGUCUCGUUUAGGGUUGCACGCGAAAAAAUAUAAAAAUAUAUAUUGUCUGUGUUUUAACAUGGUCUCUUUUAAGGGUCAAAAAAAGCUUGGACCACGCCCAGAUCGGUCUCCUUUAGGGGUUUAAUUCAAAAUUUCCGACGAGCAUCCCCACCCUUUUCAUAUGCCGAGUCCCCCUCCCACCGCGGGCCGCGACCUCAGUCCCUCUCUGCCCGAGGGGACCUUCCUAGCGUAUGCAAACGGCGAUGUGCCGCAGGAUGGGGUAUAUUUGAUAUAGUUUAUAAUAUGUGGUCCCACAUUUCGGGAUAUUAGUGGUAAGAAAGGAUCUAAAAAUGGGAAGAUUUGUGGUUGAAAAAACAGGCAGUGACUAAGUUCGAAUUGCAUUUGCCAAAAAGAGACCAAGAUGGGGUCCAUAAUUGGCCACAGAAGAGACUUUCAUGGGGUAGGGCUUCUGAUAGGCCAUCGGCACAUAUCCAGCAAAAAUUGAUUCCAGUCCUCCCCCCCGGCUGCUCUGCAGUCAAGCGCUCUACCGACUGCGCUUGUCCUGCCAUGGUUGAAAUCAUGGUCACGUUUAAGGCCAGAAUAUUCGUCUACCUUUACCCGUACAUCUUAAGGUUUCCAAUGUUAAAUUUUUGUUCUGUAUUUAAACAGUGAAACAAAAAGUCUGUUUGACCGGUCAAGCGUCAUGGAUCGUAGGGACACUCUUCCUCCAUUACCGGAGAGAGACAGCCCACCAAUGUCACCUAGGAAACAACUUCGACCUAUCAAGACCAUGGAUUCGUAUAACAGCCAGGAAGGGCGCAGUGUGGAGGAACUGAAAGUGAUCAUUAAGAAAGUACUCGAAAAUAAUUAUCAGGCUUUUGAAGAGGUGAGCUAGCUAAAAGAGACUUUCAGUAUCAGGUUUUUCUAGGAAACAUGCAAACCGUUAACUGCAGUUUGCAGUUACGCGUUUGCAGUUUCACCUUGUCAGGGUUUCGAUUUCAGGAAAGCGCUCGAUGUUUAGUGCCGCCAUGUUGUUAUUCGUCAAGUCGCAGUGCUUCCCUUUUAAUGCCCUUAAAACAUGAGGAAUUCAUUCUUUUGAGUUCAAAAAUCUAACCGGCACAUCACAAGCGGGUGUAGAAACCUAUCUCUUGCCUUUAAAGAUAAGGCUAGCUGUACAAUUUUUAGUGACAAAAAACCUUGCCGUAAAUCACUUACCGCUGGAAGCUCCUCCCGCCGUUCAAACGCGUGAAGAACUGUAAACUGCAAACGCGACCGCAAGACCGUGGUCACGUGACAUCCUUAGGUUUGCCGUUAACCAUGAAAAACCGGAUGCUCAAAGUCUCUAAUACGGAUGCAAUUCGCUGAAGCCACUCUCUUGGACAACGGGAAAAAGCGCGCUUUCUCGAAAGUCCCGUGAUUUUUUUUGUCCCAAGCCGUACUUUAAAAUUAAUUAUGUAGUGCGCGUCCAUGCUCACAAAUUAAUCUAUUUUAUUUAGUUUAUAAACGGCUUUAUUGUAUUAAACAUUUCAGUGUGUAAGAGGAGUUAAUCAUACAAAUGUUAGUCUGUUCAGAGCUAGACCCUCUAUUUUCUCUUUAGAGAUUGUUGAGCGGGCGCGCGUAUGAAAAUGAACACCGUGGGUGUUUAUUGGCCGCUAAUGCAAGGGGGUUGGGGUGAGGAAAGGAGAAAAUAGUUUCUUCAUUUUUUUCUGGCGGUCGCUCUCACGCUUUCACUACGCUCACACGUUCGCCAAAUUCGUCGGGAAAAAAAACACCAAUUCGUCAAAAAGGAAAAACGUCUGUGAAUAGGCUAUACAAAUGUGCAUUUCAUCAUCCCUUCUAGAAAACUAGAAAGUUGUUUAUGUACUAGAAAUGUAAAAUUGGCUUAAUGCAGUAUGUGGAAAACUUCAAGUAACGCGUGUCUGUUGUUUUCAGGCUUUCAACGAACUUGAUGAACUCAACAGCAAGAGAAUGACAAAAAAUAUGAUGAUUAAACUGCUGAAACAGUAAGGAGUUGGUUUACACCUUGUUACCUCUACCUAUUACCACGAAGGGCUAGUUAAGAGCAUGAAAAAAAAACGCUAGUGUUUGCGUAAUUAUAUGCCUCAUUUUAUGGAUGAUUAUAGUGUGACUUAUCAAUAAAAAGCAUCUGAGCGUUUUAAUUUCGCUGUACAAGUUUAUUUUAACUCUUGAACGGUGUGUAGUUUUAUCAUUAGAGCAUUAGGCACAAAAACUACGAUGGCCCAGGAGGGUCACAGUCCAGUAUUGGUUUUUGACAGUCCAGUUAUGGUUUACACAGUCCAGUUAUGGUUUUACACAGUCUAGUUUUAGUUUUUACACAGUCCAGUUUUAAUUUUUACACAGUCCAGUUUUGUUUUUUUACACAGUCCAGUUUUAUUUUUACACAGUCCAGUUUUAAUUUUUACACGGUCCAGUUUUAUUUUUAUUACACAGUCCAGUUUUAUUUUUACACAGUCCAGUUUUAAUUUUUACACGGUCCAGUUUUAUUUUUAUUACACAGUCCAGUUUUAUUUUUACACAGUCCAGUUUUAAUUUUUACACAGUCCAGUUUUAUUUUUUCACACAGUCCAGUUUUAUUUUUACACAGUCCAGUUUUAAUUUUUACACAGUCCAGUUUUAUUUUUUCACACAGUCCAGUUUUAUUUUUACACAGUCCAGUUUUAUUUUUUACACAGUCCAGUUUUAUUUUUUUACACAGUCCAGUUUUAUUUUUACACAGUCCAGUUUUAUUUUUUACACAGUCCAGUUUUAUUUUUUUACACAGUCCAGUUUUAUUUUUACACAGUCCAGUUUUAUUUUUUACACAGUCCAGUUUUAUUUUUUUACACAGUCCAGUUUUAUUUUUUGUGUGGUUACCAGACCUCUCUCGCGCUACUGCAACACUUGUUAUCUAACGGCAGCCAUUUUGUAUUUCCUUGCGACGAUGGAUUCAAUCAUCAGGCAGGCUGUUCGAGAGGAACUGAGACGUUCAAGUUCUAGUCGUCCAGAAACUGCGUCUUCUACUAAUCAAGAUGAUCAGGGAAGAAGUGAAAACGAAUCAGGUGCGGCUGGAUCAUCACGAAGUUCGUUUUCAUCACGAACAGUGGGCCGUUUGGGGUGUUUCUAAAACGAAGACCCAAGACCCCGGGGAGGGGGGGUACUCCCUUAUAAGGGCUUAAUGGGGACGUGCGGCCAGCAAGGGUAUGUUUUUCGGAAUUUUUGUUUCAAACAGGGUAUCGAUUUUAUCAAUAUUUGUCUUAAACAGGGUACCUUUUCUUGGACGAUAAACAGCCUGCGCGUACGUUCUACGAAUGUCUUAAACAGGGUAUGAAAAUGGGAAUUCUGUCUUAAACAGUGUAGGAAAAUCAGCGAUUUUUGUCUUACACAGGGUCAGGGUAUAAGAGGCCGGGUCGCACCUCCACACCCAAGGAUAUAUCGAGUCCCCCGGGCUAAGACCUAAGACCCCGUGGACUAAAACGAAGACCCCUGUGGAAUAAACCUUUAAGGCGAUUUAGGAGGGUUGUGGAAUUUCCUCUGCGCUAUUUAAUUGUAAUAAUGAAGUCUUUCACCCACCUUUUCUUCGAUCGACGGCUAAGAAAAUAUAACCGCGUGCUCUAGCGUUCUAAAAUGUCGAACAAUUGUAUCGAUCAAUACAUUUACAAAACAAAAUAACCGGCGUCGGGAGGAAAUAACAACGAGACAUUUAGCAAUGAUGAAUUUAAGGAGAGGGGAACCUCGCGCUCUUUUUAAUACUUUUACCUCAUCAAUAGAAAAAAAAGCUGUCGAUCCAGAACAUCACUCGACUAAAGGUGUACAUUUCGAGUUUCAAGCAAGCAAGGUUCAUUCAUAUACAUACGGGGUUAUAUUUAUAUCCCUGUUACUUUAUUCUGACCUCUAUUGUAAAAAAUGACUUAUCUUUUACGGCUCAAGCAGUUGUCAUAAUGAUAACAAUACAAAAAUGAAAGAAAAAAAAGGAAAGGAAAAGCACACUUCCGUUUAGCAAGAUUCGAUCCCGAGAGAACUUCCGAUGUGGACGUUACCACAAGACUUCGAAAGCUUUCUCGAAUGUACAUGGUGUGAAAAAUUUUUAUUUAAACAAAACUGACGUCAUCAUCACCGUAAACACAUCCAAAGUGUUUAGAGUUUUAGUCCAGGAGGUCUUAGGUCUUCGUUUUUGGGUCUUCGUUUUAGAAACAUCGGCCCACUGUUCGUGAUGAAAACGAACUUCGUGAUGAUCCAGCCGCACCUGAUUCGUUUUCACUUCUUCCCUGAUCAUCUUGAUUAGUAGAAGACGCAGUUUCUGGACGACUAGAACUUGAACGUCUCAGUUCCUCUCGAACAGCCUGCCUGAUGAUUGAAUCCAUCGUCGCAAGGAAAUACAAAAUGGCUGCCGUUAGAUAACAAGUGUUGCAGUAGCGCGAGAGAGGUCUGGUAACCACACAAAAAAUAAAACUGGACUGUGUAAAAAAAAUAAAACUGGACUGUGUAAAAAUUAAAACUGGACUGUGUAAAAAUAAAACUGGACUGUGUGAAAAAAUAAAACUGGACUGUGUAAAAAUUAAAACUGGACUGUGUAAAAAUAAAACUGGACUGUGUGAAAAAAUAAAACUGGACUGUGUAAAAAUUAAAACUGGACUGUGUAAAAAUAAAACUGGACUGUGUGAAAAAAUAAAACUGGACUGUGUAAAAAUUAAAACUGGACUGUGUAAAAAUAAAACUGGACUGUGUGAAAAAAUAAAACUGGACUGUGUAAAAAUUAAAACUGGACUGUGUAAAAAUAAAACUGGACUGUGUAAUAAAAAUAAAACUGGACCGUGUAAAAAUUAAAACUGGACUGUGUAAAAAUAAAACUGGACUGUGUAAAAAAAUAAAACUGGACUGUGUAAAAAAAUAAAACUGGACUGUGUAAAAAUUAAAACUGGACUGUGUAAAAACUAAAACUAGACUGUGUAAAACCAUAACUGGACUGUGUAAAACCAUAACUGGACUGUCAAAAACCAAUACUGGACUGUGACCCUCCUGGGCCAUCGUAAAAAACAGUGCAAAUCUGUUGACCUUUUUUUUUUCAUUCAUCCUCUUGAAAAUACCUUCAACUAUUAUAACGUGGCUUUACCUUUUCAUUCUGUGACUAUAGUUGUGUACUUACAAACAAAUUCUGUUAGUUUUGGUAGAUAAAUGUUCGUAUCAGCGAGACAGAAUGAUUUUCAUCAUGCACAUAGUUCAAAUGAAAAUUGUUCUCUCUCGCUCAUACGAACAUUUAGCUACCAAAACUAACAGAAUUUGUUCGUACGUUCUUAGUAAAGGAUUUGCUAAUGUUUUCUCGUAUUUAUUUUUCUCUGGCAGGUUUGGAGUAACUGUAACGCGUGAUGAAGUGAAGCGACUCUGGGACACUAGAGAGCUUAUUACAGAUCAGAGGGGUUGCCUUGAAUACUGGGAGUUCGUACGCACAUUCGGCUAUUCACUACGAUCUGCAGGUAUUUAUCUUUUUAUACAGGGUUUACUUUUCUGUUAUAAAAUUAAAACAUGAUCAAUUUUCCGACUGAGAAUAAGAAUUCAAAUAAGACAUAUUUGUCACAUCUCUCAAGGGGUUUAGGAUGUAUAAGUUUCUUUUAUGUCGAGUAAUCGUGUUCACGAGAGAGAAGGGAAGUCAACGCCCCCAUGAAAGCCAUUGUUUAGCCCGUUUUAAGUUCAGAUUCUGGGUGUUUAAAACUGUGGUUGGCUAGAAUUAAUUAUGUUUUAAUCACUAACAUAGGGCCUUGUUUGAAUUGGUAGAAAUCGUCAUCAGGCUAGUGUCAAUAUCUUUCGUCCUUUGAAAAAGUCUCGUCCUUCUUGUGUGCCCUUCGCGUUCUCGGACGGUUGACUUCCUUUUCAAACGCGUGCCUCGCAGGGCACGCCAUGACUGGCGCGCUGUUGCUAGCGACGCAAGUCACGUGGUUUGGUAUCUCCACAAAGCACGCUCCUGACCAUCAUGGUAUGCUCCGCAGUUCGUGGAACAUUUUAUAACGAAUAAUGACAUAAUUGUGCGUUACUGUACUAUCUAAUUAAUACAGCCAUUUCAUGAAAUUCAUAAUUUAUUGCUCUUCUUCAGCUUUCCCAAAUGCUAAAGUUUCUCCACCCAAGAGAGGUGACAAUGAUUUCAUGAUGCGCUCGAACAAGCUGAACAGUGAUAAGCAUCUGUUACACCACCUGCUUAAAUCAAAUAUCGACAAACACUGGGAGACACUCUGGAGUGAAUUCACCUCUAUUGACCAUCAGGGAACUGGAUGCGUAUCUAGGAAUGAUUUUAAGGUAAGGUGACGUUUCUUGGUUUCAUGUUAAGUUUCAUAUCCACGGAGGAUAUAUAGGUCUUUUCUCGAGUCGCUCCAAACCUCUUUUUCAUAACGAAGCUUAGGGCAAAGUCUUUGAAAUGAAAAUAAUUUUCAGUUGUCACGCAGACGAAACUCGCAUUUGCAGCUGGCCUCGUUUUGAAAUUGAGGGUUUUGGAGACUCGGCAGUGACCUAUUGGUUGAGUCCUGGACUUGGGAGAGGUAGACCCGGAUUCAACACCCUGCUGAACCUACACAAAUGCGCCACUAAGGGUCUUAAAAAACUGAGGAGAAAGUGCUAUUUUUGUUCUUACAUCUACAAGUGGUUAUUUAAGAUAUUCUAGUUUUCUCGGAUAAGGACGAAAAGCCAUAAGCCCCGUAUCACAGCACUUUCGCUGAUCUAUUGUAGCUGUUGUGGGCCGUAAAACAUCCCACAGGGCUCUCCGUAAAGAGUAGGGAACGUACGCCCAAGUAGUGUGAUAGCACUCUUAGUAUCUUACAAACUGAAUUAAGAGUACAUCAUAAAAGCAUGAAUGAUUACUGCGCAACGGGAUGCACUAUAAAGAGUACUUUCAAAUAGGCGUCAAAGCUACGUCACGGUAUCAUCAGAAACUUGAAAAAUCUAGCCUUAGUAUUUGAAGUUUGUCGUUUAUUAUCCAUGUCAAUCUCUUCCAAACUAAAACAUCCUUAAUCCUCUAUAAUUAAUCCUUUCACCUUUUUGAUGUACUUCUCCCCGACAAAAUAAUUUUGAGCUUUCUUUUGGCAGUUGUCAUUACAUACAUUGCAAGGAUAUGAUUAAAAAUUACGUCACAGCUCAGCUCUUUGAUAGCGUCGUCCGACGUUGAAAAUAACAAAUUAGCAAAAGCCCUUCCUCCAGCUGCAACCUACCCAAUAAAAGACUGCAGACCACCCUGGCCAAUGGUGUGGCACUAAAUAAAGAGAGGACUUAUGAAAGAGAAACGGCGAGAAGACGAUAUGCAAAUCCACAGGCUCAUCUCUCACAAACCCACUUAUAUCAUGCCCAUACUAAUGUAGCCUGCGUGCAGAUGAUAACUAAACUCUGAUUAGUACCGUCUGCGAAGCAGCGCAGAGAUCCUUGUUCUGGACCCCCAACGGACUCAACGAAUUACCGGAAGUGCGUUUCGAAUUCCCCUUCAACCUGAUUGGCGAUCACGACAAACAAAACAAAGGGCUUUUUUAACUGGCCAAUCGUGGCGCGUACUCAAAUCUGGGUACACAGCUGGAUGUCCAGAACAAGGAUUUCGGCGCUGUUUCGCAGACGGAGUUAACCAGAGUUUAAUUUCGUCUGCGCGCAGGCUAAUACUAAUGUAGUUGUGAAUCGAAUUUUGUCUUUCUUUCUUGCACACCUAUAAUUUAUUUGAUAAUGCACCUUACUUUCGGCAUAAAAAUCUUAUAUGGUUCUCUUUCACAGAAUAUUUUGCAAGGUUUGUGCAUGGAGUUAACAGAUUACGAGACUCAAGUAUUAUGUGACAAAUUUGACCCUGGAAAAGAGGGAAGGUGAGUUAUGAAAUAAGUGAAAAUUUUGAGAACUCGUUUACUAUUUAGCCUUACAAAUGACUGAUGAUUCCAAAUGUCUUCAACAGAGUAAACUAUAUAAAGUUUUUAGAACCAUUCUCCAAACAUCGAAGAGGUUUUCGACAUGGACACAAUAUGCAAGCUGUUAUGAAGCAUCCUCAGGCUGAACUGGUAAGGAACAAGUACUGUGUUACAGCUCGAAUUAAAGUAUUGGUGACCCAAGGGAAAUAGCGCUAAGAAAAAAUAAACAGAUCGACUUUAUUUUCCAAAAGUAGAAAACCCUCAAAAUUUACUUGUGUGCCGGUAAAAUCCUAAUCGUUGCUUUUCUCGAUGAAAAUAAAGUUUUACUUCUUUUUCGGUUUAGAAGUGUUGCUAUGAAAACGACAUAGUUUUCUAUUCAAAAUAAGAGUCAAAAUCAACAAAAGUGUACAUUAUUUCCUCCGUUUCUUAGAUAUUAUAAUUUUUUGUUGUUGUUGCUGCUUGAGAUUACCGAGACAUAAUCAGGAGUGGGUCAGGUUUUACGUGUUUCGUUUGUCAAUAGAUUUUCAAUCAAGCUGGUCCUUUGGUCUGUUUCUGUUGAUCAGUAAAGACCUUAAAAUUAACGUCCUUGUUGGUCAUCGUUCAUGCAGAAGUCUAUUUAGCGGCUCUGUUCAAAUGUCGAACUUUUCAUGUGCCGAACGUAAUCCUUCAGUAAAGUACGUGGAAAGGUCUCCGUUUGAAUCAAUUUAGUCUGACAUGUCUAAUUUAAGUCGACAAAUGAAUUAACUUUGAGUGGCGUACAUGAGAAUUUCGACUACGGAGCAUUGUACAUAGUGAAAAUGAAAUUGAGUCCGACGUUUGAACUGGGCCCAAGUCUCGAUCAUACGUUUUAGUUUUUAAGUGAUGCAAACGUUUCGGGUGAGGAAUUCUUUGAUUUGUUUACAGUGAUGUCGUAAAAGCAAAUUAAUUUGUUUUAAGGUGUACAGAUUCAAAGCAGUCUACUGCAUGUCUGUAUUAAAGCUUUAAUAACGUAUAUCAACAUGGUAUCAAUAAUUGUUUGUUUCUUGGAUAGCCUAUGGAUGAUGUUGUUCAAAAACCCAACAAAGGAUUGUCAACAGUUACAGCAAAACUAAGGGAAAAGGUACUAGUUACAUGUUUAUGUGGUGAAUUUGCGCUAUGAAGCUCCCUUACGAAACAAUUUGUACCUGGUGACCAAGUUUUCCCUACAUUUAUAGUUAGCUGAUUAUUACUUCUACACUAUCAUAAAUUAUAGUUUCAUGUUAGUUUUAUCCAUAGGGAUGAUCGUGGGCCGUUUUAAACUGACGUUUUCUAAUUGAGAAUGUUCAACAGUGUUCAAGCUAAAGAUGCCAUUAACGUGAUUCUAAAUUUCCUUUAAUAUUUUGUCAACACGAGCAGGAGUGUUUCUUCAGGUAUCCGAACACCGAGAGGUGUCUCUUUUCGGUGUCUGCAUAUCAGAUGAAUAUAGCACUGGGCAGAAGCAUAUAACCACGAAUUCGGGGUUAUAUGCUUCUGCACUGGGUUAUAAAAAAACAAGGCCCAGCCAAGUUGGGGUGUGUGAUAUGGUUUCUCAAAUGUUCAGCAGUUCUUAAAAGAGGCUAAAAAACUCAAAUUCGUUAAAAUUGUACCACUCAUCUGCCACAGUAUAUUGAAAAUUCUUGUUGAUUGUGACAAUAAAAGCUUACAUACUUUUCCAGUAGUAGUUCUAACUACAACUUUCUUAAGGGAAUAAACCUUUCUACACGCCUAUAGUCUGUAUCACAGCCGUUUAGAAAGUCAAGAGAAAGCGAAAAAUUAAAUGAGGCCAAAAAAUCGAGGGAAGACUGGGGCUCCCCUAUUUUUGCUCCAUUCUCCCUUCGUUUUUUCCCUGCGUUCUAUUUUUCGCCCGCGUUCCACAAUCUGAACGCCUAUGACAAAGUAGUCUUUUUUAGGAAGUCCGUAGAAAUGGCAAAACAGCUUUUUUGUUCGAUCUUCUGUCUUUUAACGUUUUUUUUUUUCGCCUUAUUUCUUUCAGUUGUCUGGAAAGUGGAUUAAUCUCAUGCGUGCUUUUAAAAAGUUGGACAAAGAUAACAGUGAUUUUCUAACCCUCAAAGAAUUCCGUCAUGUGUUAGAGUUGUGUAACGUGGUGUUGGACGAAGAGGAUAUUUAUCACAUUUUAACGGAAUUUGACGAAAACAAAGAAAAGAAAAUCAGAUACACGAAAUUUUUAGACAAGAUAAAAUAAUUUAUAACCUGUACUACGAAAGUGUGUGUGACCACUGAAGAAUCAUUGAAGUCUACAAAGGCCAUGAACAUUGGAUCGAAGUAAUGCUUUUGAAGGCCUGAAUCCUUGAUCAAGCGCUCUUACGUUCCCGAUAUGAGGGUUUCUUAAAAGUAUCCAAAAUUGUUCUUAAUACUAAAAAACAGAAGCGGCUGUCAUCCCAAGCCUUGGAAACCCUAAAAUAGAAGCUCCGCCACUCUGUUUAGCUUAAGGCUGGCCUCCAUUGCUCAGAAGGACGUCGGACGUCAUUUGAGGUUUACACUGUGUAUGAGCGAUCAAUUAGUAGCUUUUAAUUGUUGCAACUCGUACAAGUGCGUCAAAAAUUAAUAACAGCUCUCGGCAAAUACAAUCUUGGACAGAAUAAAAUGGGAAAGCAAUUCCCUCUUCCACUUAAAAUACGAUAAGGCCGCACGAAGGCCAAAAUGCACCAUUUUCCAGUCCUUGUCUUAAGUUAAGGUAGGGAGGAAGGGGGGCUUAAUUUCCGUAUAUUUUGUCUAAGAUUGUAGCCUUUACCGCUGGAGAAGUCAUAGACGUAGGUCCAGUUUGAAUCGAAUUUCGAUUACCGCUGCACUUCCUGCGAUCCAGUCCUUACAUUUAAAUGCCUGAAGUAUGUUGUACUUGAAUUAGUCUGAAUGAAAGAGAGCGGCCUUCCUCUGGGCUAUGCAAUCUAUGGUUUCGUAGAGUAACGAGAAAUUGAUUUUGAAAGUGCAUCGUUCAUCAGCUAACAGAAGCCUUAUGUAACGAGAAACAAAACAGUUGACUCCUCAAGUCGAUAAUAUGGUUCAUGUUGGGUAAACGAAAUAAGUGGUACAGUCGACCACUUGCGACUUAAGUCCAGUUCUUAAAAAUCAGAAAAUUGUAUGUUUGAGAGUGUUUUGUAAUUUU